AUGGAUCCUUCAAUGCAGCGGUCCACAACUUCAAUCAGAGUGUAUGUAGUUGUACUGUGUGAUCACGGUGUGAGUGAGGCCGUAGUGGAAGGUACAUUCCUUGUGAACUCCUUUCCAGCCAGUAUUCUUUUCGAUUCAAGAGCUUUGCAUUCUUUCAUCUCUUAUGCUUUCAUGACUAGACUCCAGCUUGUAGCACAACCUUUAGAUAUUCCUCUAUUAGAUUCUACUCCUUUAGGAGAAGUGUCCCUCUUAGAGAGUAUCUGUAGGAGAUGCAUUAUCAGCUUAGAUGACUCUGAGUUCGUUAUUAAUUUGAUUGUUUUGCACAUGUUUGAGUUCAAUGUGAUUCUUGGUAUGGAUUGGUUAUCGUCCUACCAUAUCAGUAUUGACUAUUUUGUGAAAACAGUUAGCUUGAAAGCAUCCGAUGGGACUGACUUAGUUAUAGUGACCUUACAGGGCAACUAG